AUGGAGACAGUAUCUACAUUAGAUAUAUCUACAGAGGGUGAAGAGGAAUUUGAAAUUCAGAAGCAGGAAGAACAUUCAGAAACUGAAUCUUCUGAUGAAAAUGAAGAAGUUCUCACUGAUGUCGAAAAACCUUCAGAUGCUCUGAAUAGGAUUUGGUCUCCCUCGGUUUAUGGAUAUAUUUCAAAGGAAUGUUACCACUUUGCAGGUUACGAGAUCAUCAUCCACCAAUCCAUUGAUCACUUUGGAGCUAUAACUUGGCCAGCGGCAGUUGAGCUGUGCCAUUUUCUCGAAUGCAACUGGAAUGAAUUCAACCUUGAUGACAAAAACGUAAUUGAACUGGGUGCUGGAACAGGACUGGUAUCUAUUUUUGCUGUCUUACUAGGUGCUUAUGUCACUAGUACUGAUCUCUCUUGUGCUAUUGGAAACUUGCAAAGUAAUGUUAUGAGAAAUACACGGUGGAAAAGCAAGCAUCACCCUCAAGUUAAGGAGUUGGCUUGGAAUGUAGAUUUAGAUAAAAACUUUCCUCAACCUAUUCCUCACUAUGAUUAUAUCCUAGCAGCUGAUGUCGUUUAUCAUCAUCAUUACCUGGAUGAUUUAAUGGCUACCUUUGAUUAUUUUUGUCAACCAGACAGUGUGAUUUUAUGGGCAAACAAGUUGAGAUUUAAUUCAGACUGUGAAUUUUUGGAAAAAUUCAAGGCAAAAUUUGAUACUGUUGUGCUGGCAAAUAUCCCACAUGCUGAGGUUAUUAUAAUUAAGGGGACAAAAAAGUCACAAUCAGUGAACACUUAA